AUGGAAUGCCCACGAUUAUUGCAGAAUUCACAAUUCCCUGUCGAUAUAGCUGCAUGCGCACCGUGCACAAUGGUUGAUGGGUCACUUUCAUCUGGAUCCAAUGCGACGAGGUACGUGGUGAGCUCAUCAUACGACAUGACCAUCAUAGCGGGUGUCUUCAACGCCCCCAGUGCCAAGGGGUACCUUCUGAAAUCCAUAGAAGGGAAGAAUGCUGGGAGGUCCGCAGUAUCACUGAGUAGGUCCGCUUCAAAUUCCAAUAGCUCGGUGAGGUAUGGUGUCUGGCCCAUGGUGAGGGGAGAGACACCUUCGCCUUCAUCCUCUGGGGCCGGUUCACGAGCGGGUGCAUACUCGUCACUCGUGAAGUUCGGUGGUAAGAGAGGCACCGAUUGUUGUGGAAGUAUCACAUUCUACUGCGACAUGUCUGUGUCCGCAGUGUGGACGUUCGCAGCGAGAGGGAGGGGGUCUUUCAUCUCGGGAGGUACUGGUUCCUCCGCCACAAGGGGAUGCGGGUCAUCAAGGGGCGGUCAGUUAGUCGCCAGCGGGUUUAAAAUAGUGCGUCCACGAUCAGUAGGUCCUCACCGGAUCCGAUCGAGUUCAAUCCAGGUGAAAAGGAAAUCCUGUCCAGGAGUUGCUACCGGGGUUAAUUGUGGUGGUGCCACUAUUGGUGGGUCAAGGUCCACCACUGGUGGGUCCGGAGUGGGCAUUUCAUGCUCGCACGAGUGUGAGGAGGCCGCAAAACACGAGAUGCUGUGGUACUCAUGGCUCAAGUGGCGCAUAGAAGGAGGGGCAGAGACACAUGGCCCAACCGUGCGCCAGAAGGACCCUGGGACCGGAUAG